GGGGUUUUCCGUAACCACCGCUGCCAGGACGAGCAAGCAAGCAAGACAAGCAAGGCAAACAAGACAAGACCAGGAAACGGCAGCCAUGAAGACGGAGCUGUUGUCGCUGGUGCACGAGUAUUUGGCUGCCUAUGGAUACACGGAAGCGGCAAGUACGCUGCAAGCGGAGGCCAACGCCAAAGGAGAGGACUUCAAACCACUGCCGCAUGACGGCUCCACCAAGGAAAACCUCGUGGUCAUCAAGACACUGGAAGCGUUUGAUCGAGGAUCACUGCCCGAGUUCAAGCAGCAGUGGAAUGCCGCUUUGCCAGAGCUCAUGCGCACGUCGGACUCGACAUGUGUGAAGCUGGAGUUUUAUGCACACGUCUACUUUGCCAUCGUUGGCAUCCAUCCGCACGCCACGUUCCGACCAGAGAGCUACAACCAGCAGAUGGCCAUGGCCCAGCUUCGGCAGUACAUUGAAGACAAAGGCGCCAUCUUGAGCAAUGAGCCAGAGUUGCUGCCGUAUUUUGCAAUGCCCUACAUCCCCGAGCCACAGCACCACGCCACUUUCGCCACCCUCUUCACAGACACGUGGAUUCCCGAGAUCCGUGCACGCAUUGAGAAGUAUCUUCUUGCCAACGCCGGCACACCCGCGUCCCGCCUCUCUGAUAUUGUCCACGAGUGGGAGGUGCAGACGCAGAAGGGCAAGGCCGCACACGCUGUCGAGGGGAUGGUGAAACAGCUGGAGGAAGUGACAGAGGAGAAGAACGAGCUGUGGAUCAGGCAUCAGCAGCUGCAACGCGAAUAUUACAAUCUCCUCGGCGUCACGGACGAGCUGGUUGAGGCUGUGGUUGCCGGUAUUCGUGGAUCUCCCGUGUCGCAAUCGCAACUGGACGACAUCUGUCGCCGCCUGAAUCUGUUCACAACAGAGACGGAGGAGGACCACGACAGUGGCGAAGAGGAGCCACAGGACCACUCGGAGGACCACGCCCGUCCGCAUGGGUCCAGUCACGGCCACAAGGGGGCACACAAGGCCACCACACAGGAUGUGGUGCCAUCGAUUGUGAUGGAGGGACCGCUCCCACCGCUCGACAUCAAGACGUUCACAGCCGCAAUCACAGACGCAGACGAGAGGUCUGCGUCGCUGCUGCUGCAGGCGCUACGAUGGCGCGUGACGCGGGCACGACCCGGUCCUGUCCGCACGGCCGCCGUGGCGCAGCUCAUCGCCGACGAUGUGCUCGCCCUCGCCGACCCCGACAGCAGCACGAUCCUGUCGCUCAUUUCCUCCAAGGACGAAACACUCAAACUCAGCGCUGCCAGGCUGCUGAACUGCCUCGGAUCGCUGUCCGCAGCGCGUCGAUAUCUCCUCACGAGCGACUCGCUCAUCCGUCGCCUUUUCCAACAGAUUCAGCGCGAGCAGGACGACACACCGGCCCGCCGCCACCUCCUCGGCGCACUGCAGAAGCUGAGCCUCAAGCGCCGCGCACAGAUUGACAUGAUCAGCAUCGGCGUCAUUGACUGGCUCGUUGACCUUCUCCGUCACCCCGACGACGCCAGCUACUACAGCGUUGAGUAUGCGGUUGCGCUGCUGAUGAAUCUGUGCUUGCGGGGCCGUGGAAAGACAUAUUGCCAAGAGCGUGCGCGCGACGUUCUCGGCAUGCUACUUGACCUGCUUGGUUACGAAGCGGCGCAGGUGCGCACGUAUGUGCACGCGUGCCUGUACUCGCUGUUUUCGCGCCAGGCCAUUCGCCAGGAAGCCGACAUGCUUGGCGCAGAGUCCGCACUCAGGGCCCAGAUGCGAGUGAGCAACGCUGUGAUGGCGAAGCAGCUGGCACACGUUCUCGACCAACUUGCCCGCACCGACGAUGACUCUGACGCAGCGAGCGAUGACGAGAAUGAUGAUGAAGACGAGGACGAAGAAGAGGCGGAAGAGGAUUCCGAUGACAUGACGUCACACAACCUGAUGGCUGCAGACUACGAAGACCCGGAACCAAUCACCGCUCCAAAGGAUCAGAGCGGCGAACACCUGCUGGCGUCAUUCUACGUUGGCGGCAGUGCCCAACACCAGCAACAACAAAAGCAGCAACAGCAGCAGCAACCACGAGAGCAGCAGUCCACAACCCCGACGACAACAGCACGAGCUGCAUCACCGUCCGUGCACGUCGACAGGCCUGCCGCUGCCCCAACGAUCGCCACCACAGCCAGCGCUCGCCCACAUACAGGCAAAGCCAGGGGCACCGCCCCCGAUACCGCCAUGGCCACGGACGCCACGACGAGCAGUCGCCCUGCCACGACAGGACCGCGCCCAACAUCGAGCAACAGGGGCGCGUCGGCCAUGGAUGACCUGCGCAAAUCAACGGCAAAGCUCAGCCAGACCCUCGACAACAUGCGAGCAAGCAGCCGCCCGGCAACCGGGCGCACGCGUCUGCGCAACACCAACGAGCCAAUCCAGGAAGAGGCAAGUGGUGGUGACGCCGACAACGAUGGUGAUGGCGGACAGACCACUGCGAGGACAGGGCCCGUGCCGUCCAAGAGCAAGACGGCGAGUAGUGGUGGUGACGAUGAUGAUGAUGGAGAGGGUGGUGAUGGCGAUGAGACGCCCGAGCCCGAACCUGUGCCGAUUGAUGAAGAGGCGUCGAAUUUGCUUGCAAGCAAAGUUGGGAAGCCACUGGCACGAGCGGACGACAAGCCAGCGCCCCCACGCGCACAGGGUGAAGACUCCAACAUAGACGAGUACUACGCUGUGUUUGCGACACGGUCAAAGGUGCCGAGAACGCCCUAAUCGAAUGCGCUGCGUAUGGACAACUGUGUGCAUUUUGAGGCGCUUUUGAACACGCUUCUUCAUCAACUACCCGUGUCAGUUUGUGUCAAUCACAUCAUUUUCAUGCCACACAAAAUUAUUGAACAACACAGCAAACGUUGACACG